CCCAGUAUCACUUUCUCAGCUUCAAAAAGUUGGAAAUCGAAAGAUUUGUAAUUCUAACAAUGUUAGAGCUCCUCCGGAAUCAAAGGGCGACAACUACAUGUACACCCCCGCGUAUGAUGUCUUUCUACUGGGCAGAUUCAUGUGUGACUUUAUUAUUUUCAUGUACAUCAACAGUCCUGUAGACCUGUAUGAUCCAAAAUACGAACCAAUGGCUGACAUCAUGGAAACUGAAGAUAGCACAGACAUACUGAAACUUAAGCUGUGGGGUCCAACAGAUCUGAUGAGACGUUGUUUAGACGUGAACCCUGACAACAGGCCGAUAACGCCAGAAAUUAUAAGCGAAUUAUCCACAUUUAACCCAAACAACGGCCAAACAGAUAAAGAGGUUGCUGAUAUCAUCAGAGGCACCUACUCUACGCUUCAUCAAACAUUGUCACAACUAAAAUAUACUGUGAUCAACUCUUCUGACAGCGAAAACAGUUCUUUUGGUUUUUCAGCAGGUUCAUACACGGAGAUUCCAUGGUUCUCAUCAGGUGGCUCGUGGACAACUCAAGCUGCAAAGUCCAGCUACUCAAACAUCCCUGAAGUCUUGAACCCUUCUGAUUCGUCCGACGGCUCCUUGGCGAGUCAAUCAACUAAAGCCAGCUAUUCUAACCUCACUUCAAACUUUGAGGUUUCGAACCCAUCAGAUUCAUCUGACGGUUCUUGGAACGGUGCCACACUGAAAUCUAACUACACCAACCUUCCCGUUUACAUAGAUGUUGUCAAUCCUUCCGAUUCUUCAGGUGGAUCAUUGACGUGUGACUUAGUUAAGCCCAGUAGUCCACAAGACAUCUCUAGACCAGAGCCAGAGGCGGCAAUUGUGGGUAAAACACAGCCAGAACCAACACAAAUCUCUAGCACAGCAUCGUCACGUGUUGUCUUUGAGGGAAGUCACCCAGACGAAGAAGAUAGCUAUUUAACUGCUGUCCAUGUAGUUUAUCCACACGAAGAGCUGAAGGCUAGAUGUCAGGAUCAAGUCGAGCUACCACAACGACCAACCAAACAAAAAGGUUUUGAAUCGAGGGUGAAGAUGUUUAAAAAAAUAUUCGACAGAAAGCCAAAAAGCGGAUCUCCUACAGGAACAAAGAAAGUUGAUAAAAUCCCACAGCAAGCGACAAAAACUCCAAAAACUCCCAAAGUUUUCACCAAGAUCAAUGAAACCCUUUCAAGCGCCAACGAUUCACUUGACCAAACAGUCAUUGCCAUGUCGUCUGGUUCGACGACUUGGUUUGCUGCAGCUGAUUCGUCUAUCUACAACGAGAUUGAUUACAAUGACCUGUACAGCCAGAGUGUACAAUACAAUGAUGAGGAUCAGAGGUACAGCCAGGUGGAUAAUCAUGUGGAGCAGGGGUACAGCCAGGUGGAUAAUCAUGUGGAGCAGGGGUACAGCCAGGUGGAUAAUCAUGUGGAGCAGGGGUACAGCCAGGUGGAUAAUCAUGUGGAGCAGGGGUACAGCCAGGUGGAUAAUCAUGUGGAGCAGGGGUGCAGCCAGGUGGAUAAUCAUGUGGAGCAGGGGUGCAGCCAGGUGGAUAAUCAUGACAGAGCAGCAAGUCAUGAUUGUGUUCUUGCAAAAGAUGGAGAUUCUAAUGGGGACCUUCAUGACAAGUUCUUAUAA